AUGGGGACUGCACUGUGUAAAAGACACUGUGCUUUCUGCCAACAUCGUUCCGAUGGGAGCAAUGAAAGGACUUCAACUCCAAAGCAAGCGGUCAGUUUAUUCUAUGCUAACCCAAGUGCCCUGCAUAAUAGGCAUGUUACGCUCUACAAUUACAAGCCCCGCAUUUCAAAGGACCUUCUGGUUAAAGAAGGGGAAGAAAUUGAAAUUUUGAGUCGAGAAGGAGAAUGGGCAUUGGUCCAGAAAGUAGAAGAAGGUGAUGAAGAGAACCAAGUGAAGCAAGGGUACGUGCCUUCAAGCUUCGUCGCCGAAAUCGGGAGCCUGGCUGCCGCACGGUGGUUCUUUGGCAGUAUGAUCCAUGUAGAUGUAAAGAGGUGUCUGUUGAGAGCUGAAAAUCAAAAUGGUUCUUUCCUGGUUUGGCAGAAUAAGGAAAUGAAUGACAGUUACUUCUUGUCAGUGCGUUAUGGUGAUAUGGUGAAACAUUACGAAAUCAAGGAUGAGGCAAAUUUUCAGAACUUGUCCCGACUAAUCAAUAACCAUUCAAAUGAGGCAGGAUACUUGUGUACAAGAUUAACCGAACCAUGUGUAAAGCUUGACCGCCCAUCCAUUUCCACUUUGGCUCGCGUUGCUGAAUGGGAAAUCCAAUACUCCUCACUUCAAAAAGGGGACUUAAUCGGACAAGGCCAAUUUGGAGAAGUGUGGAAAGGAAUCUGGAAUGGCACAACUGAAGUUGCAAUCAAAGAACUUAAAGGAGUGGAUUCAAAGUUGAAGAAGGAAUUCCUGGAAGAAGCUGAGAUCAUGAAGCAAUUACACCAUGAAAGGUUGAUCAAACUUUUAGCUGUCUGCACAGACAGUGAGCCAUUUUGCAUCGUGACAGAGCUAAUGACAAAAGGAAAUCUCCACAAAUACCUCAAAUCUCAUUCAGAAAUAAGGAACCUGGAGAUUUCACUGCUCAAUGGCUUUGCCAUACAGAUUGCAGAAGGAAUGGCCUACCUUGAAGAGAGAUGUUGUGUUCAUCGGGACCUGCGAACUGAAAAUGUCCUCCUUACAGAAAUGCUGUGCUGCAAGAUUUCUGACUUUGGCCUCGCUCGACUGCUUAAGAGUGAUCGGUACUCGAUAUCGUAUGAUGCAAAAGUUCCAAUAAAAUGGAUGGCACCAGAAAUUUUCCACGAUCAAAGUUAUACCACCAAAUCAGACGUCUGGUCUUUUGGAGUCUUGCUGACAGAAAUCAUUACAUAUGGUGGAGUCCCAUUCCCAGAUAAAAAGAGCCAUGAGUUUGUCAAUGAUUUAAUGGAUGAAGUCACCAUCUCUCCGCCCGUUGACUUCCCAGAUGACCUUCGUGAUAUUGUACUUCAGUGCUGGAAUCACAGUUCAGAAAAAAGACCAACAUUUGAAGAACUUCAAACCAUGCUAAUGAACUGUACCCCGAUGCUAAAAACAGUUGAAUUACUUUCAUUAACAUAGGACUGCAAUGAUGAGCACAGUGAAAUGUUGUUAUGUCACACCGCAUGGUGAUUUGUACUAAAUCACAAACCACCUCUGAAACCUGCACCAAUAAUCCCAGGAGGUGUCAACCCCAAAUGUCCCCAACCCAUAGAUGCUGCCUGAUCAGUCGAGUUACUUCAGCACUUUGUGGCUUUAGUUUACCAAUAAUCCCAUACUGAUUUCUUUAAUUCAAUCUGUAGUCUGCACCUCUUGGAAACAAAUUAAUAUUUUUGUCAGUUUGAAGAAGGGUCCUGAACUGAAACAUUGCAUUUCCAUGUCCUCCACAGAUACUGCCUGACCCACUCCAACACUUAAGUGUUUAUUGCUCAGGUUUCCAGCAACUGCAGUUCCAUGUCUUAUUGAUGGUUUUGUCCUGAUCUGCAGCAAUUAGAACUCCUGGAAAAAAAAUCAAAUCACACCAACUAGGUUGGGAAUCCUGGGUGCACUUUUAUACAGCAUGCUCAAAAUUGUACAAGUGCAGCUUUGUAAAAUUGAGAACAGAUGAUUGUAAAUAGGAAUUGCAGAGAUUAUAAUGACUUAUUAUUUAAGAAUUCCUGUCAUUCAAUUUUAUUGGGGAACACAAUGGACUGCCAUUUGCUAUGUGUAGAAGCUUCUGAGAAAACCAUUAGAUUUCAAAGCAUGCUAUACAUCCAUAAUUCACUUUGGAAUUGUUCUUCCUUAUUGGGUUGUAUCUAGAUGGUGAUUUUUGGAAGACCCUCUUCAAUGCCUACCACUCAAUUGCCAUGGAAUUGAUCCCUUAACCUAAUUAACCAGUUCACCUUUACAAGCUCUUCUUUCAUGUCCACAUAAUUUCCCUUAAAUGAAUUUAAAAUAUAAAAUUUGCACUGUUUCUUUUCUCCCUUAAACUGUGUUAAAAUCAAUCUUGGUUUAGUAGCUGCUAUACAGGAGGUGCCUUCAAGAUGAGGGUUGUUAUUAAUUAAUCUUUCUACACAAUACCAGUUCUAAUACAAUCUGGUCUCUGAUUGUUUCCAGAAUGUGCUCUUCUAUGAAACUAUGAAAUACACUAUGGACUCUGACACUCUCUUGCACACGUUUUAAAAUCCUCUGUGAUCCCAUUAUUUCUGUCCUGUCAAAGUUUAUCAUUUUAGGAAGAUUGUGUUAUCUCCCUGUAUUACUGCCAGGAUCCAGAAACAGGGUACCUAGGCAUUUACCUGCUCAUUCACUUUUCAUCACUUGGGCUGUGUAUUUUGUACUCCAGUGCUCAGCUUGCAUCACCAUGUGGGCUGUUUGCAUCAUUUCAACUGUUCAAUGGUUACCACAAGAAAGAUGCCAUUCUCUUUGAUGUGCAGGCUGCAUUUGAAAAUGGCAAUCUUCCUGGAUUUAACACCUUCUGAAUGGGUAAUCUAAUUAAGAGUGCAAAUAGCAGUAUUUCCUGAUGAAUAUCACAAUAAGGCUUGAUCACAAUAGUAGAUCGGUUCUUCUUAUAAAACUGUCAGACAUAGAAUAUAGCCUGCAGAUCUUUCAUAAAAUUUGCAAAGCUUUCACAAGUCACUCCCAAACACUUAAAAGUAAAAAAAUAUAAAAAAAAACAUAUUCUUUGUUUUGCCUUAAUGGUAUUUAUACAUACAAGAAGCGGAGAUAAAAUAACCUUGUCCUAUUUCUAUUGUGUCGUUUAUGCACAAAUAAAACCAUCGAUUUAAAAAAGAAAAUGAAUUGAUAAUUAUGAUGAUAGGACAAAUAAUAUUUUCACAUUAUGAAAACAUACACAAUGUUGGGCGGCACGGUGGCGCAGCGGUAGAGUUGCUGCCUUACAGCGAAUGCAGCUGCAACGCCAGAGACCCGAGUUUGAUCCUGACUACGGGUGCUGUCUGUACAGAGUUUGUAUGUUCUCCCCGUGACUUGCGUGGGUUUUCACCGAGAUCUUCGGUUUCCUCCCACACUCCAAAGACGUACAGGUUUGUAGGUUAAUUGGCUUGGUAUAUGUAAGAAAUUGUCCCUAGUGGACGUAGGAUAGUGUUAAUGUGCGGGGAUCGCUGGUUGGUGCGGACUCAGUGGGCCGAAGGACCUGUUUCCGCUCUGUAUCUCUAAAACUAAAAAAAAACUAAAUGUAAUUAAUUGGGGACUUCCAGCAAACCGAGGCAUUAAGUCCAAGUGGGACAAACAUCAGCUAACCACAACCACAAUGCUAAUGCAACUCACAUUUUCUGGGUCUGCAUCAGAACAAUGUUGUGCACACUGCACAUGGUGCAGAAAGAAAACUUCAAUUAAACCAAGUUUUUUAAAUGGCUAUGUGAAAGUGAUUUUAAAGCCAAACAUACUGUUAUUUUAUACACAAAUACUCUGUAUAUUUUUCAAGACUUUUUUGUAUCUCUAUCUUCAUUAACAAAAUAUUUGUAAAUAUAUUGUAAGGAAAUAAACUCCAGACAAUUUAAGGAGUCAACCUUGUCAUUGAAUUCUUUGGUUCCACCUAUCUAUGAAUCUAAAAAAACAUAAUCAGGCAAUUAUGUUUCAAGGCUUGGUAGAAUAUGUUGAGAUGUAUAGUCCCUGACUAGUCUUGAAAUAAACAACAUUUAAAAUUGCGCUAAUCUAGAUAUAUGCUAUUUGGACUCAGAUGUACAUGAAAAUUUAAAUUUGUCUGCAUUUGGAGGAGUCACAGUUAAAGCAUAGAAACAGACCCUUUGGGUCAACUUGCCCAUGUCAACCAACCUAGGUGCCGCAUCUACACUACUCCCACCUGCUUGCAUUUGGGCCAUAUCCUUCUUAAGCUUUCCCAUCCUUAUCCCUAAAUACUGAUUCACCCAUCAGUGAGGAAAUGGUGCGGUCUGGGUGAGCUCUUUGUGGGGACAUAUUUAGCUCUGGUGAAGGGAUGAUGAGAUCGAGUGAGAUGGUGAACUCUGGUUAGGGAGAUGGUGAACUCUGGGUAGGGAGAUGGUGAACCCUG